AUGGCCAUGGAGAAUAUAGACCCAGCCGGUCACGGCUUCCUAGGCGACCUUGCACCUGCCGUUCUCCCAGUCUACCAAUAUCGGGACCGCGAGCAAAUGCUCAACACCAUCAAGCAAGCAGUCGCGACAGCAAGCAAGGACACUACCAGUGAAUGGUGUCUUAUCAAACGCGUUAACGACUCAAUAUUCACAAGUGAAUUUCUUCUGGCAAAAGAGGGCCCAUUUGCUUCCUGGUCCUCGUAUGACGCCCAGUUAGACUGUGUGCUAUUAAGAGUGACGAAGUCUGAAGCCCAUGAAGUCGCCUCGGAAAUCUUUUCAGUCCUACUCUACGAUGCAGUCAAGCCUAUGGGGAUGGAUCGCUCCCUUCGCCCAACCGGAAGUGCUACCCACUAUGCUGCAAUAGGGGCUAAAGAAGCCGACAAGGCGUGGAAGCCACUCCGACUUCCACGCGGCCAGUCGGGGGACUGGCCCAGUGUCGUACUGGAAGUUGCUUUCUCCGAGAUGGCAAUCACCCUCCAAAUCAAUCAACACUCCCCCAACAUCACCAUCGAGAAAUGGAGAACCCAGGGCAACAAAUCUGUCAAUCACCUUCAUCAAAUCGUGCAGAUCUCAAGAAAGGGCAGUAAAAUCACAACCACGGGGUCUCCUCUGGUUAUCGAGUUCGAAAAGCUCUUCCUGAGACCCCCCAUCGAACCGAGAGAACGAGAUAUUCAGCUCGACGACGGGGUCCAUUGUGACAACAGGGAGCCUGAUUUGAUGAAUGUCGCUGAAGCUGGGGUGCAUCCGCCCUCCGGCAUUCAACUGCAUUACCUCCAACCCGCACUCGCCAGCAACCCCUUCUUCGUCAUGAUUUGGAGAGCGAGAUUGGGGGCUAUCCGCAUCCGCUCUAAUGAUAGGUCCCUUCAGAGAUGGGGGAUAUGUCCUCGCCUUCCUAUUUGGGGGUACCAACGAAUCGCCCCCUUGGAGCGCAAACCAGUCCUUUUUCAUCGAUUCUCAUCACAAUGGGCAUCCAAAUCGAGAGUAUUCCCAGUCUUUGACCUGGAGCUGUUAGAUUCACCACCUAAAUUUGAGGAAGAGCCCGCGACGCAAGAGCCUAAGGAGAUACAUUCGUAUCCCGUCCAGGAUGAAGAGAUCCUGCGCGACAGGUACCAAAUCUUGUACAAGAUUGGGUAUGGACCCACCGCCACUGUAUGGCAAGCUGUUGACCUGCUGGAGCCUAGAAUGGUCGUUUUGAAGAUCUAUGUGGUUGACUAUAUGCUGAAGACUUAUGGACGCAUCCACCCUCCACCAGUAUAUCAGCAGCAGAUGUGCCCACUUCACAAGGUCAGCGAUCGGUUUCUGAUCGAAGGCCCUCAUGGACCUCAUAUUUGUGUUGUUCAUGAGGCACCCGCAAUGGAUACCGAACAAAUGCAUUCGGGAGAGAAGCUGGAUCUCGGGUCAAUCAGGUCGACAAUGAAACAGAUGUUGCUCAUGAUGGACUUUUUACACACAGACUGUUAUCUGACUGCCCGAAUCCAUCCCAACAAAUCACUAGACGCUGAGUGUGACCGGGAAAUAAUUGGCAGCCCCAGCAAUGAGGAGCUCAUCACUCCAAUGAUACUCCCAGGCGAUGGUGUUCCCCUCCGUCUUGAUUCCCAAGACCAUGAUACCUCUGGCAUCGCCGAGAAACAUUCCAGGUCCCCCGAAGAGGUUCUAAAAUCAAAAUAUAACCAUAAGACUGAGAUAUGGCAUAUCGGCUUACUCGCAUGGAAUUAUGCCAGUUCACAAGAGCUGGUCCAUGGAAGGAAUUCAGACGGAGCCUUCGAUGAUCGGGUCCAUAUCGCCGAGUUGGUUGCUCUACUCGGCCCCCCUCCACCGGAAUUCCGGGACCAGAUGCGACUCGGGUCUAUGUUCUGGGACGAACAAGGGAAUUGGACGGACCAAGCUCCUAUACCAGACCGGAGCAUAGAGAGCUUGGCAGCUAAUGGUAACAUUGACGGCGAGGAUGUGGAUGGGUUCUUGCGGUGGGUACGAAAAGCUCUGCAAUGGAAUCCCGAAGAUCGACCGACGGCACUAGGAUUAUUACGACAUGAGUGGAUGUCCCAGAAGACGAACCCUGCCAAAGAAGAGGUUACGCAGACAUCCCAUGAGACUGCCUGA